AUGCGAAUCCAACAGGCCAGUGACGAGGACUGGGAAACUGUCAGGGAGGUUAUCACCCAGCUCUACUGGACCGAAAAGAGAGGGCUGCCUGAGGUAAUGGAGAUCAUGGAGGCGAGGCAUAACUUCCGCGCAAAGGAGAGACAGUACAAGGCACGAUUCAAAGAGUGGAAGUUGGAAAAGAACAUUGAUUCGAAGAGAAUGGAGGCGAUCGUGCAGAUACAGAAGAGGCGGCGGGAGCAUGAAAACAAAGAGACCGAGUUCCGCUUUCGUGGGAGGCCACUGCCGCAGGAGAAGAUCGACAGGUGGCAGAAGAGACGGAAGUCUGGCGAGGAGGUGGCGUCACCACACCGUCUCGCAGGUUUGUCAUGGACCAGAAGCUCUUCGAGUCUUGGCUGA